AUUUGGUUUCGGAGCAUAAUUGAUCUGAAAAUUGGUACAAGAGAAAAUAAGCUAUAAUGACAACGUACUCUAAGGAUUUGGAGAACAACACCAAGUUGCAACAGUUUAUCACCAAUUUCUACAAGAUAUCUGACCUCAAGCCGCCCACUGAAAAUGAUCCAUACUUAAAUUUUGUUUCAGAGUCACCUACUAUUGUAAUGGGUAGUAAUAAAUUUGAAGGUAGGGCUAAUAUUGCUGCCAUGAGGAAGGGGAUGUGGACCUUUGUGACGCAUAGACAUCAUGUUCCCCAGAACGUAUCUACAGUGGUUGAAGAUAAGAGAUAUCUUGUCAAUGGAUAUGUUGAAUACACAUUGACCAAUGGGAAACAACUUUCUACAGAUUGGGCCGCCUACAUUGAAUUUGGUGAAGGAUUAGAGUUGAAAUUAAAUUAUUAUCAGGUGUAUCUCGAUACUGCACCUAUGAAAGCAGCUGUAUUGGAAUUGAGAGGUUAGCUUAGAUACAAAUAUACGACAACUGCGG